GCGGUGCGACUUCCCCACUUCUGCCCCCACUAUGUAGGCUACUUUUUUACAUCCCUGCUUACGUUUGGCUGGCAUAGCCUAAUUUCCGCAUUCCCAAAUCCUCCCAGAUUGGGGAUCACGUUUAAAAUCGCGCUGAUGCAACGGUUUCCACUUUUUAAAAUCUACUCUCGACCCUCGACUGACCAGAAGAAAGGACAGUUGUUGCACCUGGGAUCAAAGUCAGGUCGGUAUACACAAACUUCGUAAACCGAGAGCUGAAUAAUGUCUCCACAUUGAACGGGCUGCUGGCGCGCCACGCAUCGGUCACACCGAGCUGAGUGUGUGGACAGGCGGCGACAAGCUGUGGUCACGACCGAGUCUGACGCGAUGCCAGGACGAAUCCCAGAUCCCUCUGUGACAGCAGGCUCCCUGCCCAGCCUGGGUCCACUGGCUGGGAUCUCAGCCACCACGCUGACUGACAAGCUCAGAUUCGGGGACUUCCAGGAGUUCGGCACAAUGCUGUCACCUCUGCACUUCCUGGGGAAGAGGCCCCUAGUGAUCAAAACAGAGAGAGAUGAAGAGGUCGACAGGAGGAAACGAAGGCGAGAGAAAAACAAAGUGGCUGCGGCUCGAUGUCGAAACAAAAAGAAGGAGAGAACAGAUUAUCUACAAAAGGAAUCAGAGAGACUAGAGAUGUUGAACUCUGGCCUCAAGGCCCAGAUCGAGGAGCUGAAGCUCGAACGACAGCAGCUGAUCCUCAUGCUCAACCGGCACCGCCCCACGUGUAUCGUCAGGACAGACAGCAUCAAAAGCCCGGAGGUCGAGGCCAACCCCCUGCUGCAGCAGCUGGAGGCCAAGUGAGGGCGCCACCACUUUGUACAGUUUACAGCUGAGAUGGAGCAGCCAGCUAGCAGCACUUAGAGUCGGAGGAGAUCCCGCCAAGUCCUCCCACUUUCACGCGGAGCGUCACUCCACGAAACGUGGAUCCAAUGACAAUGGACACGGUUCAUUGCAGUUCAAUCAUAUAUUCUCUCUGUUUGUCUCUCUGGCUCUCUCAUUUAUUUGAGCUCAAGCCACUGUCAGCAUGAAGGUAAACAAAACAAAACACAGCUGUUGGCACAUUACUUCACAUUCAGUUUGUUGUUUUGUAGUGGAUUUGGACUAUAUGUCUUCUUAGCUAGAAAUUGUUCACUAUUGAAAACGGUUUCAGCUCAGCGAAUAAUUUGGUGAUCUACAAAUGAUCCAUUUGAUCUUGCUGUUGUGAAAAAUGUAUUCUGGGAGUCAUAGGAAUUUUAAAUGAAAUUCAACUAGAGGAGAGCAAAUAGGUAUUCUUAAUAGAUACAUUUACUUUAAUUUGCUCACUCAAUUAAGAAAAUAGUCAAUUCUCAAUUUGUUUAAACGCCCACAGAUAGCCAGAAGCUUUUUUACUACAAAAUGACCUUCAUGAUUCAUGGUCAUUUUUGUUCUUUCAUUUAUUUGGUGGCUGAGCGGUUGAUCCUUUUUCUCUUUUCCUAUGUUUUGGCGCAGGCGUCAUGU